CUCGCGACCAAUCAGCUAUCUUGAAUCUCCCCCGAUUUAGCCCCGAGAGUCUCGUCGUCACGGGGGGCGAACUUCCGGCGGUUUGGCUCUGAAUUUUCAAAAACGGUCAAACCGUCAGGGAGACAAGACGACGCGAGCUGCUCAGCGGCGCCAGAGGCUUUGUGUUGCAAGAAACCCACUCGACGCAGAGAAGAGAAACGGGACUGCAGGGACGAGGAUUUUCCAGCCAUCUCCUCUCCUCUCUUCUCAUUUUCCUGCGAAUAUUCCAGCGAUCCGCAUUACGGAGGAUUUAAUAUACGGCGACGACGACGGCUGCGAGAAAGAGAGAGAGAGAGAGAGAGAGAGAGAGGCAGAGACGAAGCAUCGAAAAAAAGGUCGCGCGUCGGAGACACCAGCACCGCUGAGAGGACACGACAUUUUUGGAGAUAUUAGCUUGCCGAGGAGAGACCUGUUGUCAGCACGAUGGCGUUGAGAAGCCGAGCGAUUAAUCUGAAUGUUGCUAAUCAAGAGAAUGUCAAGAAUGUCAAGUCUAUGGCAUUGGCUCCAGGGCAGACAAGGAGAGCUGCUUUGGGCGAAAUUGGCAAUAAAGUCAUUAUUCAAAGGACCAAUGAUUUGACAGGCAAAUCUAGUCAAGCAGGAAAGGACAAAGUUUUGCUGAAAAAACCAUUGGUAACCAAGCAGCCUCAAGUUAAGGUUGACAGAAUCGAGAAGAUUGAAAAAGUUGUCCAAAAACCUCAUGUGCAAAUAGUUAAGCCAGUAGUUAAAACUGAUAUACAUGUUGAUAAUCGCCCGCUGCCCGAGGCCAAGAAAAAUGAGACUGAUAAUAUUAAUAAGAAAGACUCUGAGUUGAAUGAAGCCAAAAAAGAUACGGAUUCAUUUUCUUCAGAUCUGAUAACAAUCGAAGAUAUUGACGAAGAGGAUAGAAAAAAUCCCAUUCUUGUUUCUGUAUAUAGUAACGACAUUUACAGGCAUCUGAGAAAUUUGGAGACCCAGUUUCCUAUACUAAAAGGGUACUUGCAUGGGCAAGAGGUAACUCCCAAGAUGAGAUGUGUACUUGUUGAUUGGUUAAUUGAAGUCCAUGAACAGUUUCAUCUGAUGCAGGAGACACUGUAUCUUACCAUUGCAAUCAUUGAUCGAUUCUUACAGGACUUUCGACUGAUUACCCGAAAGAGGCUGCAGUUAGUAGGUGUAACAGCUAUGUUUAUAGCUAGCAAAUAUGAAGAAAUGUACUCCCCAGACAUAAGCGAUUUUGUGUAUAUUACGGAUAAUGCUUACACAAAGGCAGAAAUUUUACAAAUGGAAAUGCUCAUGAUUAAAACACUCGAAUUUUCAUUUGGACGGCCGCUACCGUUGCAUUUCCUCAGGAGAUACAGCAAAGCUGGAAAGGCUCUGCCAGUUCAUCACACAUUGGCAAAAUACUUUUUGGAGCAAUGCCUGGUUCAUUACGAAGUUUGCCAUCAUCCACCUAGCUUGAUUGCAGCGGCUGCUCUCUAUCUUUCAUUCCUUUUGCUAGGGAAUGACUCUCCUCAAGAAUCAGAGAGCGAUCUCAUUUGGACUAAAACUUUGGUACAUUACAGUACAUACAAGUUAAGGGACGUAUUGCCCGUAGUAAAAGAAAUUUCCUCAAUAAUGGUUACAGCGGAAAAGAGCAAGUAUCAGGCUGCGCGGAGAAAGUACACGAACCCGAAGCACAUGAAGAUCAGUCUCCGUCCUGAGUUGAAGUCUCCGACUUUAGCCGCCUUGGCGAAUCACAAGGACGAAUAAAUUAAUUUUUGUAUGAUAGUACAAUGAAGUGUAUAGCUGCAAUGCAUGAGGAUCUAAUGAGUGACUUGGUUAGUGCCGUUUUGGAAGCAUUACAAAACGAACAAAAGUUAGUAGCAAGUCCCCCCACAUUAACACUUGGUGCCAAAAUCAGGAAGCAAGCUCUCUUGAACUUGCUUUUUAUUAUUUCAAGUGCGAUUUUUAAACUGGAUCAUAUUUCGACAGCCAUACAAUGUUUUUAAUCAUUUUUUUCUAUUGAAUUUUUUAUAACUAUUAAUCGAAUAUUCAAUUUAAUCUUUUUUUAUAAAGAAUAUACAUACAAGACUUCAAAUUAUAACCAAUUGGUUAAAUUCCAGUAUUUAGAUGAUCCUUAUGCGUAUGGCUGUUUUGUCGAGAAUUUAGGCCAGAAUGCAUUCUAUUAUUUGGUGCUUUUAAUCACUGCCUUGAUGAGAAAAUGACUAUUGGACGUCACUUUUUUCUAUCUUUCAAAAUGCUUGAUAAAACUUUUUACGUAAUAAUUUAAUAUUUUUAUCCAUUUUUAACAUAAAUUUAGUAAUAAUUUUAUCUAAUACAGUCAGAUGUUUUAAUCAAAAUAUAAUGGUAUUUACGAAGGUUUUUGUAUUCAGGCGCUAUUAUUAUUUUUUUUACUUCGAUACAAUUUUCCAAUGCAGUAUAUGAAUUAGGAAGAAUAUUUUGAUAAAAAUAUUUGUUAUGCGAUCACAAUGAUAAUAUUACGCGAUCACAAUGACAAUAAUAUGUUACAAUUUUAAAAGUGCAUGUUCAUCAUAAAAUAUUAAAAUAUUGGCAAAAAAAUUUAUUUGAUGUAGCUAGAAGACCGAGUUACUUUUCAACAAAACUUCUUGCGGUAACAAUAUACAAUAUUUUCGCAAUAAAAUAAAAUUGUGAUUCGAAAAAUCCACCUGACAAAAUUUAUUCUCAUCUCUAGUUUAGUUUAAAAAAUGCUAAUUUUGUAUAGUUAUAAUUUUUAAUAUAUUAAAAAGAGUGAACGAACACGUAAAAAGUGUGUGAUAAAUCGUCUGAUCGUCUUGUGUAAAAUAUCUUAUGUUUGUAAAUAAAAAGCGUAAGCGUUGAAGAAA